UUUCCUGCCAAACCUGAUGGUGCGCCUAAAGUUAGCCCCCCGUGGGCUAGUAUAUAAGGCCCCAAGGGUCCAAUGCUUACAUGUCAGUCACAUCGGCUUGGCGUAGGCUUCUCUUCUUGACCACCAACAACCCCCCAAAUUUGAGAGAUGGCACCCAAGAAGGCCAAGAGGAGGCAGCAGCAGGGUGAGGGUGGAUCCUCCAAUGUGUUCUCCAUGUUUGAGCAGAGCCAGAUCCAGGAGUACAAGGAGGCUUUCACAAUCAUCGACCAGAACAGAGAUGGCAUCAUCAGCAAGGACGACCUCAGGGACGUGCUGGCCACCAUGGGCCAACUGAAUGUGAAGAAUGAGGAGCUGGAGGCCAUGGUGAAGGAGGCCAGCGGCCCCAUCAACUUCACUGUCUUCCUGACCAUGUUCGGCGAGAAGCUGAAGGGUGCUGAUCCCGAGGACGUCAUCGUGAGCGCUUUCAAGGUCCUGGACCCCGAGGGCACUGGCGCCAUCAAGAAGGAAUUCCUUGAGGAGCUCCUGACCACCCAGUGCGACAGGUUCACCGCUGAGGAGAUGACCAACCUGUGGGCUGCCUUCCCCCCUGAUGUGGCUGGCAAUGUGGACUACAAGAACAUCUGCUACGUCAUCACACACGGAGAGGAAAAGGAAGAGUAAAUCCUUCUCUCUCAAGACCUCACCCUCCGUUAAAACCAACCGUCAUCACACCAUCUACUCAACCCCUCUCCUACAACGCCGUAGCUUCCUUGCACACACUCGCGCCCAGGCCCGCUCUUUCCACUUGCCAGUUCAAUACAAAAAAAGACUUGUCUCCUUUAUCGAGAGACUCCGUAAGAGGAUGGACGGCUGUGGGGGUGUUUGUGUGUGAGUACCAACAGGGGAACAUGGGAUUAUUUUCAAUAAAAAUAAUCUUAUGACACUGAAACACUCUCUCUAUCUCUGUCCCUGUCUCUUGUUCCUCUUCCUUUUCCCCAUCACUCAUUCUGUCCUUCUUGUGUUGAGGCCAACAGUGCAUGCAUCAUACCUACGUAUACUAUGCAUAUGCAGUCCAGUGUAUACAGUGGUUGGUCAAAAUGUUUCUUGGGUGCUGUGGUGCAUGCGCAGUCAUUCGCUUGAAACAAGUGAGCAGUCUGACCCCGGCGGUCUGUUAGUUUCAACCAGACACAGAGUGUUUUAUGGAUCUCCCACUCUGUUUGUAUAGGAGAGGAGUGUACAGUAAAAGAGUGGGUGUACUGUACUAUAAUAGUUUACCUGCCCCUCUCUUUUUAAUCACUCUCCCAAACUCUCUUAUACACAGGUGUGAACGGAAAAGGUGCAGUGAAAGGAGGAACGCAUGAUUUUUUUCUGAAGUCCUGUAAAUAGCGAAAGAGAUAGUGAAAGAUGGUGAGUGGGAGGCAGGAAAGGGAAUAAACGUCUUUCUUCCUCCUUCUUGCUGCUGUUUCUCUCCUGUUGUUGUGACUGUGUCUGUCUCCACUGUAACGAAUAAAGAAGAACAAAUAAAAUCCACUAUCUUUCGUA